AAGUAGUUUCACUUAGUUCAAUGAACUCAUUACAAUCCAAUACAAUUUGAUUCAAUAAUAUCCUCAUCAUCAUCAUCAUCAUAGUUUUUGUAAAUAAACAUUAAUAUUUUCACUACGGAAAUAUUAUCCAACGGAGGUUUCAGUAGAUCCACACACGUGACCAUCGCCGCCGCAAAGCCACAAGCAAGAGACAAAAAGCAUCGAUAGAUCGAGUGCAUGGAUGCUACGUCUUUCCAACACACAGAUUGACCAUGAACCCACACUUUUGAAACAAAAAUUACACACACAAACGGAAAAAGGAGAAGAAGCAGACCCAAAAAAGAAAAAAACAGAAAAAAGAGAGAAUAAAAUGGAGGAGGAUGUAAUGACAACGAUGAAGAAGAGGAAAAGGAGGAGUUUGUUUGAUAGUUCGAUUGUUUGUUUGAUUGAUUGAGAGCGCCGUCGUCGAAGGACAUUGCGUGACCGAGUUGCGGGAUUAGCAAUCCCAUGUGGUGCAAUCGUCACUUGAAAGCAGGAGUGGGGGAGAGUUCCGAUCCUAAACGGAAUCAUGAGAUUUAGCGUAGAAAGGAAGAGGAAGCCCACGCGGGUAGUACAAAGGCCUGCGGCGGUGAGGAUGAUGGGUGACGAGAAAACGCGUCCAGCGGAAGCGCUGGUGGCCGAGAUGGGCAAGAGAGUGCAAGAGAUCGAAUCGAAGCGGAAACAGGAACCGGGGGAAUGGACAAAGGAGGGAUGCGUGCUGGCGUAUGAGCGCGGACUGCAGGAAGGCCAGGGCCUUCACCCUCCGCCGCACGUCCUUCCUUACAAACCCCUCGGCGUGGUGGAUGUGAGUCGAGACAGAGCAUUGCUGCCGGUGCAGUACCGGGUCUACAAGAGGUCCCACAGUCGGCGAGAGGGUUGCAGGAAGGAGACCCCGGAUCCCGUGCCGGAGGAGAUUCUCAAGAGCAUGGACAGCGUGUCGUUGCCUCUGAAUGUGAAGAGCGCUAGCUGGAACGGCGAGCAGUGGUGUAGCCUUGGAUUCUCGCCUCGCAACGCCGAGGUCGCCAAUGGCUACGCGAUGCUCCGCGACGAGGUCAUCAAGUCCCACAAUCGACUCCACCACACCAAUAAAAUAAUAUUUAGGAUGGGGAGAUUUUUUCUCAAUGGAUUGUAUUUGGAAAAGCCACGUGCUAAAAGCAUUAGUUACCUUCAACCAAUUGAAGCCACUGAAACCAACUUCCGUCCUUAUAUUCCACCACUUCCUCUUGCCAACAUUGCUCGGUAUCAAAUCGAAGCUCAAAUUGAAGACAAUAAACAUUUACUUAAUUUGUACCGAGAGGAAGCAAAACGAACCUUGUAUUCUUACAGAAAAGCAUCUGCAAAGGUAUCAAUGGAAAAUUCUCCCAUGGACAAGAGGAAACAAUAUGGUGGACUGCCUGUAAAGGCUUGCUCAAAGCUUGCCCUAAAAACCUUAGACAAAAUAUUGGACGAUUCCAUGAAAUUUGACAUUUUACAAGCAAAGUACAACUUUGAUCUGUUGAAGCAACUUGCUGCUACCAAAUCUACCCGAGCAUACAUGUUUCCAAGGAAUUAUGCAGCAUUGAAGGAACUUCAAAAUGCAAAGGACUUCAUUUGCGAACCGGGCAUGGCAUCACAAAGGGCACAAAAGUUUAGAUCCAUGCUAUUAAAGUUCCCAUGGUAUGAGGUUUUGAUUAGUCUUAUCCUCCAUGAUGGGCAGCAUCCAAACAAAUCCGAGAUUUACAUAUUGGACCACAUUAGGUUUGUAAUUCAGACUCAAAACAAGUUUGAUGCUACCAAUUACUGUGACUUGAUAUGUGCAAUCCAAUUGAAGAAAUUGGAUAUGAAUAGCUUAUCUACACAUCACACAUUACAUUUUGUAAAAGAAGCCAUUUGUAUGACGGAUAUGGAAAUUAUUGAAAAAUUAUUUGAAAGAAAAGUAACAAGUUUGCCAUAUUGGUUGGAGGUGCAAGAAAACUUGGUGACCCAAGUGAAACGAAAACUUGAGACAAAAAUGUUGUUUCCUAGUAAAGAUUUGGUGAAUUCAACUCCUCUUUACCCAUUGCAGCCAUUGGUUUUCAAGCCCUUGAAACAAACUAAUGUAGAAUCUUUGCCCUCUUCAGCUACAUUGACAACUAGGAUUGACAAAGCUUGAAAAAAUAAAUAAAUAAAUAAAUAAAUCAAAAACGUCUAGUUCUUGUGUUGUAAGAUAUUGUACAAUGACACAAUAUUAAAAUUAGAUUGAUUUUUUAAAGUUUCUUGAGACUGGAUAAAACGAUUUGAAGAUAAAACUCAAACCUCAUCAAAUAAAAUAUGAAGAAAAUCUUUUUAUCAGAAU